GACGGAGAUUCAAGGAAAUGGAUUCCAGGAGCUCAAGCCAGUGACACUCCAAACAUAGCCUACUGUCUUCUAGAGGGACUCUCCCACUGCUGCUGGUAUGAGUGACUCUCAGGAGAGAGAGGAGGCUGUAGGUCCCAGUGAGACACUCAGACCAGAGUCUGCAGCACAUGGCUUUAGGACCAUGAAGAAUGCUGAAGACAUGGCUGAUCCUGGGUCACCAACACACUCUGGUGGAGGUUACAGACCUCCAUCUCCAGUGCCCAGCUGUGUGUCUAUGAAGAGUGAUGUGUCCCUCCCUCGUCCUCCAAACUUCAGCAAUGAACCACCACACUCUGGACCCAAUGUAACUGAAUCUAAAGGUUGUGUUGCCAGAUCAGAGACACACAGACCUCCAUCUCCAGUGCCCAGCUGUGUGUCUAUGAAGAGUGAUGUGUCCCUCCCUCGUCCUCCAAACUUCAGCAGUGAACCACCACACUCUGAACCCAAAUCAGAGACACACAGACCUCCAUCUCCAGUGCCCAGCUGUGUGUCUAUGAAGAGUGAUGUGUCUCUCCCUCGUCCUCCAAACUUCAGCAAUGAACCACCACACUCUGAACCCAAUGAGUUGACGGCUGAUCAGUUGAUGGGUGGAGUGCAUGAACAGGUACUGAGUGACACCAUCACCUGUGAACACAACAUCAACAAGAGGACAGAUAAGGAAGUUCUGAUAAGUGUUAAAGAGAAACAUAAAGCCAGUCUGAAGAGGAGGUUUGAGAACAUAUCUGAGGGCAUCAUCAAACCAGGAGCUGAGAUACUCCUCAAUAAGAUCUACACAGAGCUCUACAUCACAGAAGGAGAGAGUGAAGGGGUGAAUAAGGAGCAUGAGGUCUGGCAGGUAGAGUCAGCAUCUAGAUCUCAAUACACAGAAGACACACCAAUCAACUGCAAUGACAUCUUCAAGCCCUUACCUGGCCAGGAGAAGUGCAUUAGAACUGUGAUGACCAAAGGUGUUGCUGGAAUUGGAAAAACAGUCUCUGUGCAGAAAUUCAUUCUGGAUUGGACAGUUGGGAUAGUUAAUCAAGACAUAGACUUCAUGUUUCCCCUUUCCUUCCGUGAGCUGAAUUUGGUGAGGGAUGAUCAGUAUAGCCUUCACAAGCUCCUCCUUGACUUCCAACCUGAGCUGAAGGAGCUGAAUGAUGGUGAAGGAUACAAAGACUGCCGGGUUGUGUUCAUCUUUGAUGGAUUGGAUGAGAGUCGGUUAACUCUGGAUUUCGAACAGAAGAGUAAGUUGUCUGAUGUAGAACAAGAAUCAUCAAUGGAUCUUCUGAUGACGAGCCUUAUUCAGGGAACAUUGCUUCCCUCUGCACUCAUCUGGAUAACCUCACGACCAGCAGCAGCCAGUCAAGUUCCUACUCAGUAUAUCGACCAGGUAACAGAAGUACGAGGAUUUAAUGACCCACAGAAGGAUGAGUACUUCAGGAAGAAAAUCAGUGAUGAGAGUCAGGCCAACAGAAUCAUCUCUCACAUUAAGGCAUCCAGGAGUCUCCACAUCAUGUGCCACAUCCCAGUCUUCUGUUGGAUUGCAGCCACUGUGCUACAACAGAUGCAGGAACAGGACAACACCCAGGCAAUACCCACAACUUUGACUGAGAUGUUCAUACACUUCUUGCUCAUCCAGACUACCAGAAAGAAUCAGAAAUAUCAAGAAAGACAUGAAACAGAGAAUAAUAGGCUCUUAGAAUCACAGAAAGAAAUCAUUCUAAAGUUAGCUGAAAUGGCCUUUGAUAAUCUAGAGGAAGGCAAACUGAUAUUUUAUGAGGAAGACCUGCAGAAGUGUGGCAUUGAUGUCAGUGAAGCCUCAGUGUACUCUGGCAUGUGUACUGAGAUCUUCAAGGAAGACUCUGUGUUUCACCAGAGGAAAGUCUACUGCUUUGUGCAUCUGAGCAUCCAGGAGUUUCUAGCUGCACUUCAUGUAUUCAUAUCACACCUGAAAAACAAUUUCAAGACACUAACAUCUCUUUGUUAUGUUACCUGUAAGAUACCGUUGAAUGGGCUUCUAAAGAAGGUAGUUGACCAAGCUUUGAAGAGCAGGAAUGGACACCUGGAUCUUUUCCUUCGAUUCCUUAUGGGCAUCUCUCUGGAGAGCAAUCAGAGACUUCUGCAAGGUCUACUGAACCACACAUAUAGCACCACAGAGAUGGAAAUUAAGAACAUCUGUCAGUAUAUAAAAGAGUUCAACAAUGAAGGCCUCUCUCCUGAAAGAUGCAUCAAUCUUUUCUACUGCUUGGUUGAAAUGAAUGAUCAUUCCAUGCACCAAGAAAUUAAAAAAUAUCUCGAGUCACCAAAGGAUUUCAAAGGCCAACUAUCUCCUGCUCACUGUUCAGCACUGGCCCACAUGCUUCUGAUGUCUGAGGAGAUGCUGGAUGAGUUUGACCUGAAGAAAUACAACACAUCAGAUGAGGGGCGCAGGAGACUGAUCCCAGCUGUGAGGUGCUUCAGAAGGGCACGACUUGCUGAUUGCAAACUCACAGAUAAGUCAUGUGAUGUUGUUGCCUCAGUUCUACAGUCUCCAAACUCCCUGAUUGAGCUGGAAUUGAGUAACAAUGACCUUGGAGAUUCUGGAGUUCAGCUUCUUUCUAAAGGACUGUCUAGUCCCCACUGCAAGCUGCAGAUAUUAAGGCUCUGUAAGUGUGAUUUCUCAAGUGAAGGAUAUGUUUGUCUGGCUCUGGCCCUGAUGUUAAACCCCUCCUGUGUGAAAGAGCUGGAUGUGAGCUACAAUCAUCCUGGAGAAUCAGCACAGAAGCUGUUAUCUGCUACACUGAAGAAUCCUCACUCCAAAGUUGAAGUGCUUCAACUUGCUGGUUGCAAACUCACAGAUAAGUCCUGUGAGACUGUGACUACUGUUCUGCAGUCACCAAACUCCCUGAUAGAGCUGGACCUGAGUAACAAUGACCUGGGAGAUUCUGGAGUUCAGCUUCUUUCUAAAGGACUGUCUAGUCCCCACUGCAAGUUGCAGACAUUAAGACUCACUGGCUGCAAACACACAGAAAAGUCCUGCAAACAUGUGGCCUCAGUUCUGCAGUCACCAAACUCCCUGAUAGAGCUGGACCUGAGUAAUAAUGAUCUGGGAGAUUCUGGAGUUCAGCUUCUGUCUAAAGGACUAUCUAGUCCCCACUGCAAACUGCAGAUGUUAAGGCUCUGCAAGUGUGGUAUCUCAGGUGAAGGAUAUGUUUGUCUGGCUCUGGCCCUGAUGUUAAACCCCUCCUGUGUGAAAGAGCUGGAUGUGAGCAACAAUCAUCCUAGAGAAUCAGCACAGAAGCUGUUAUCUGCUACACUGGAGGAUCCUCACUCCAAAGUUGAAGCCCUUCAACUUGCUGGUUGCAAACUCACAGAUAAGUCCUGUGAGAUUGUGACUACUGUUCUGCAGUCACCAAACUCCCUGAUAGAGCUGGACCUGAGUAACAAUGACCUGGGAGAUUCUGGAGUUCAGCUUCUUUCUAAAGGACUGUCUAGUCCCCACUGCAAGUUGCAGACAUUAAGACUCACUGGCUGCAAACUCACAGAAAAGUCCUGCAAACAUGUGGCCUCAGUUCUGCAGUCACCAAACUCCCUGAUAGAGCUGGACCUGAGUAAUAAUGAUCUGGGAGAUUCUGGAGUUCAGCUUCUGUCUAAAGGACUAUCUAGUCCCCACUGCAAACUGCAGAUGUUAAGACUCUGCAAGUGUGGUAUCUCAGAUGGAGGUUAUGUUUGUCUGGCUCUGGCUCUGAUGUUAAACCCCUCCUGUGUGAAAGAGCUGGAUGUGAGCAACAAUCAUCCUGGAGAAUCAGCACAGAAUCUGUUAUCUGCUACACUGGAGGAUCCUCACUCCAAAGUUGAAGCUCCUCAACUUACUGGCUGCAAACUCACAGAUAAGUCAUGUGAGCUUCUGGCCUCAGUUCUGAAGUCUCCAAAUUCCCUGAUUGAGCUGGACCUGAGUAACAAGGACCUGGGAGAUUCUGGAGUUCAGAUUCUUUCUAAAGGUCUGUCUAGUCCCCACUGCAAGCUGCAGAUAUUAAGGCUCUGCAAGUGUGGUUUCUCAAGUGAAGGAUAUGUUUGUCUUGCUCUGGCCCUGAUGGUAAACCCCUCCUGUGUGAAAGAGCUGGAUGUGAGCAACAAUCAUUCUGGAGAAUCAGCACAGAAGCUGUUAUCUGCUACACUGAAGGAUCCUCACCGUGAAGUUGGAGCCCUGCAACUUGCUGGCUGCAAACUCACAUAUAAGUCCUGUGAGCUUGUGGCCUCAGUUCUGCAGUCUCCAAACUCCUUGAUCAAGCUGGACAUGGAAACCAAUGACCUGGGAGACUCUGGAGCUCAGCUUCUCUCUAAAGGACUGUCUAGUCCCCACUGCAGACUGCAGACAUUAAGCCUGAGGAACUGCAGCAUUGGAGAGGAAGGUUUCACAGCUCUUGCAUCAGCACUGAGAUCAAACCCCUCACACAUGAGAGUGCUGCAGCUGUCAGGGAGUAAAGCAACAGAUUCAGGAGUGAAACAUCUUUCUUCUCUUCUGGAGGAUCCCAACUGUAAACUGGAGAUGCUAAACCGGAUGUCAAUAUAUCCUUUCUGGAACUGAUCGUCGGAAGUUGAAGACUGCAGCAGCCCGCGGACUACAACCGUGGAAAAGCCCCGUACGGUGAAUUCCGUGCAGGCCAGCCGACGGCGACCAGCUCCUAGACUGGAUUGACGACUUCCGAACUACAGAGCAGAACCAUAACAGUGUGAGUAUAAUUUCAUAGGCCUAGGGAAAAGUCGCAUUAAGUUGCCGUUCCCAAGGGAAAAGUCGCAUUAAGUUGCCGUUCUCUUAAUACAGCUGUAAAAUUAGAUAAACUUUCCAGGGGGGUUUCAGUCCCGCCUGAUGUAAAGGGGCUAUGGAUGCCGCUUAAAGGGGCUAUGGAUGCCGCUUAGUUUAUCUGAUGUAAAGGGGCUAUGGAUGCCGCUUAAAGGGGCUAUGGAUGCCGCUUAGUUUAUCUGAUGUAAAGGGGCUAUGGAUGCCGCUUGAAGGGGCUAUGGAUGCCGCUUAGUUCAUCUGAUGUAAAGGGGCUAUGGAUGCCGCUUAGUUUAUCUAAAAAGGGGGCCUGAAGUCCCACCUGAGCUGGGGGGCCUGAAGUCCCACCUAAGCUAUCAAAGAAGGAGUGUGACUGAGAAGUGUGUGUGUGAAGGGAUUGUCUGUGAGUUAAAACGAACAACAGAGCCUGUGAGAGAUAAAACACCCAGGGGAAGCCGGACUAAGGUCUAGAAGCUCGCUUCCCAGGCUUGUUGUUUGCCCUAAGAGGACGACACAGAACAAUCUCUUAUUUGUGCAAAAUGGAGAAUACUCAGAUAAAGGACAACUUUUGAAAGGCGAUGCCAAAUUCAUAGCUAGAGUCCAUCGAGGAACUGAAAAUUGGCUAUUACGAUGGAAAGAUAAAUUCGAAUUUGCAAACUAAAACCAAAAUUAUCAUCAUGCCAUGCAGAAGUGCACCUGUAUGACGAUGAUGAUGAUUACGGUAAAACUCCAAAUUGGCCUCCACCGCCGCCUCCGGUGGAGGCAUUUCCAAUGGUAGAACUGCCCAAUCCAACAUUUAAGCCAGACGUGGCUGAGGGUCAAAAUAAUCCACGGUUAAUGUAUGUCUAUAGGACAUGGACACAGGACGACGUAAAAAAAAAAAAAAAAAAAAAAGCAGUGGAGGGAAUUCCAUCUCAUAAAGCCCAAAUUGAAGAAUUUUGCGACGAAAUGAAAAACAUAAUAGCGGUGUACCACCUGAAUGGUUUCGAGGUUGAAAGGAUGUUCCGCUUUAAAAUGGGCUCUGAUUGGAGCCGUGUUAAAGAUAGCUUUGUAGCCCAUCAGGCUGGUACAGCGUAUGCGCCUGGUUCUCUGGAUUUAAAUCAACAAGUCCAAAGCCUAGAGAAUAAAUGUAAAGACGUGUUUAAAAAACAUUGCAAUUACCAAAAUACACGCCACCACACAGAAAGAUGAUGAAGAUGUCUGGGAGUUUAGAGACAGAUUUGAAAACGUUUUUAAAGCCUAUAACGGCCUGAAGUCAGGGAGUGCAGAAGAUAAGAUAAUUUAUGGACAGCAUUUAAAACAAGCAUUACUCCAAAGUUUCAGACCAGAGAUAAAAGGGUGGAUAGAGAAACAUUUUGUUAUUUUCAAAACAGCAGAACUGCCAGAUUUUAUGGAACAUGCUAAACAUGCAGAGAAAACAGUGAAAAAGAAAAAGAAAGUAAGAGAAAAGAAAGACUCAGAGAAAGUAGGGGAAGCAUUUGUGAUGGCAUUACAAGGCAGAAAUGGGUCAGAACAGAGAGAUUAUGAAAAUGAAGGUGAUGAUAGCAACAACUGUUUCAGGUGUGGGGGUCGCGGGCAUUGGUCUCGUGACUGCGCCACCAAAGAUGAGAAAGAACAAAGAUACGAUAGUGACUAAGUGACUAAGUAAGUGGAGAAGGAGAAGAGCUAGAAAUGUUUGAAGAAUUUCUAGACUAGAGCUGAUGUGUGUUUAAAUGACUAAGAAAGUGAAGAAAGAAAGCCUACAUAUUAAACUAAACAUUUAAAUUAAAUAUUUCAAUUCUGUUGAAGUUGUGCUUUUUCACCCAUUCACUGUGAAAAUCCCACAUGCCGUCUCCCUACUGCUGUUACAAACUAAUAUGACAUUCUUAUCUCGUAUGACAGUAUUGUUAUCACAACCACACAUUAAAUAUGGCGUAAACAAAGCAGCUUAUGCAGUGACUAACUGCUAAAUUAGAAGUUAAACUUUUGUUUGCCACAUGCUCUGCACAGGUAGCCGAAUUGACUGGGCUGACCAGAGCAUGUGAGCUUUUUGCCAAAAAGAAAGUGACAAUAUACACAGACAGCCAAUAUGCCUUUGCUGUGUCUUACAUUGCUGAAAUCAAUGUACAAAUGGGUAGCAAUUUUGAGUCAUGGGCAGAGCCAUGUCUCAACAGGAGGGAUGUGUGAACUAGUAGACAAACACUAUAACAUAUAGAUUUACAAACUACUCACAAAAUGUUUGUUAUCAGUGCAUCAUAUGUACUGUAUUGAUGUAGGAGUAGUGGAACAACUAAUUAAAACACUGUGUUCAAAGGAAUAUGUGGACACGGAUACUGCUCUCUCUCUCUCUGUUUUUCCACAGGAUCCCAGAGUGAAACCAGAAGAUUGGGUGUUCAUCAAAGUCAUAAAGAAAAAGUGCUGGUCUGACUCGCGUUGGGAAGGACCCCACCGAAUCAUCCUAUCUACACCCACUGCAGUGAAGGUGGAGGGCCGGACCGCUGGAUGCAUCUUUCUCACUGUAAGGUUCCAGUCAACCGCUGAGGAGGGGAAGCCCGACUCCAAAGGGGAUUAGAGGUUUAGAAUCUAGUCGUCUCAACGUCGGUGAAGAUUUUGGAUCCUCCUAAGCUUAGUGACGAUGCCUUGAGAUAACAGACUUUUAGUGUGGAGGAUGGUCCUGGGAGCGGCUAUCAUUCUCACCUUGCUGACAAUUUUGUUAAGGACUGAACAAAGACUUUUUUCUUGAAAGACAAAGGAAGCCGGAAAAAAGAGAUUGAUUUUGUCAGAGGAUGUGCAUACCUACAUCACACAUGUGUAUCACUUAAAUUCAUGGUAUCGUUAUGCUCAAAUGCUGGUUGAUUUGAAUAAUGUGUGCUAUGUGUGUUCUCUGAUGCCAAUAUCUGCUUAUCAUUCCCGUUUAACAGCCGUAAAAAUUCCUCAUGGACAGAGCUUGUGUAUAGGUGAAGGGAAGUCUGGCAAAGAUGACUUAUAAUUCAUCCCACAUGACAAUACAUAAAAAUGGUAUUAACAUGAUCUGUGAACCUUGUGCAGGGACACACCCUUUGAAGUACAUAAAGUGUAGUGUAACAUUGACCCCUUACUGUAUGCCACUGUUAAACCUAGAACAAGAUUCCCACUGUGUUCUUUCAGAGAUGGUUCUGUGCCGGUGGGGAGUUUGCCUCUCUACAGGUGUUAUCAGUGAAGUUUAGAAUGUAGCCCUACAUUUUGUAGAAUUAAGCUUUGAUUAUUUGAGGACUAGCCCUCAUUGCAUAUAGCCCAUCAAAAUGUUGAUGUGAAUUUGCUUGCUUGAUUGUUGUGAUAAUAUGGGGCUGGGAAAAACAUAUGUGUAGUAGAAGGUGAGUUUUUCUCCUUUUGCUUGUGUAAACAAGUGCCGCUGCUAUAGCAGGGUAAUGGAAGAAUUUUUCCUUCAACGGUUUUCUCCUCAAAUUAAGAUCAAUCAUGACUGAGGUUUUCCGGUAAGGUUUUCGCUUCCAUCAAAAGGUUUGAAACUUGCUAUUCGAGUUGGUAAUAAUUACUACACGCUUUGAUUUGAUUUAUGGUUGAAUCUACAGUAUGUAGCAAUGGAACAAAUGAUUGUGAAGUUUACUAAUGAUAAACAGGAGGGAAAUGACAAAGAAAUUUAUAUAUUUAUCAUUAUGAACUUCAUUUGUGUGCGUCAAAGUUAUAAUCCACACUUUCAUAUGUGUGUUCAAAGUUGCUAUUCACAGUUUCACAUGGGAACCUCACAGGAACGCUAUGCACCUGCAGAUAAGAAACUGGACAUGAGCGAGAGGAGGAUUUUAGGGAGGUUUCGACCAAGGUCAUGCUGACUUGUUUUGCUCUCUGCUUUUCUUUAAUAAAAGAGCCUCUUUGCGUCCAAGAGCUCAGAGACUGUUUCGGAGAGGUAAAGCAAGUCCUCUCUAUGUCUCUCCUCUUGGCGCCAGAGUAUACUGAAAAUUA